UCUCAGACGUCGGCUUACGCGCGGCGCGGAGUCGGCCGCCCGCAGAAUCACUAGCCCAGCGUUUGGCGGCGCGGCCCCGGCAGCAGUGAGGCCGGGCGGGCCGGCGCCCCGCGCCCUCGGGUCAGGCCGCCAUGCAGAGCCCCGCAGGGAACUCGAGCCGCGGACUGACGGGCAGGCCGCCCUCUACGGUCGCCUCUGGACCGGGCCGCUGCGAGAGCGGCGCACUCAUGCACAGUUUCGGCAUCUUCCUGCAAGGGCUGCUCGGUGUCGUGGCCUUCAGCACGUUGAUGCUCAAACGCUUCAGAGAACCAAAGCAUGAAAGACGUCCGUGGAGGAUAUGGUUUUUAGAUACUUCCAAACAAGCCAUAGGGAUGCUGUUCAUCCAUUUUGCAAAUGUGUACUUAGCAGAUCUCACUGAAGAGGACCCUUGUUCACUGUACCUCAUUAACUUUCUUCUGGAUGCCACCGUGGGCAUGCUACUCAUCUAUGUGGGUGUGCGUGCUGUCAGUGUCCUGGUGGAGUGGCAGCAGUGGGAAUCCCUGCGCUUUGGCGAAUAUGGAGACCCUCUGCAGUGGCGAGCCUGGGCUGGGCAGUGCGCCCUUUACAUCGUGAUUAUGAUCUUUGAAAAGUCUGUUGUCUUCAUCGUACUCCUCAUACUUCAGUGGAAAAAGGUGGCCCUCUUGAAUCCCAUUGAAAACCCAGACCUGAAACUGGCCAUUGUCAUGCUGAUCGUCCCCUUCUUUGUCAAUGCUUUGAUGUUUUGGGUAGUAGACAAUUUCCUCAUGAGAAAAGGGAAGACGAAAGCUAAGCUAGAAGAGAGAGGAGCAAACCAGGACUCCAGGAAUGGGAGCAAAGUCCGCUACCGAAGGGCCGCAUCCCACGAGGAAUCUGAGUCUGAGAAGCGCCACCCUGGAACCUCCUGGAGCACCCAGGUGUACAGCAGGCAGAGGCAGAAGGCACUGCUCAGCGUCUCAGGCCAUGCUUCUCCUCUGCCCCAGAUCCUGAUCUCAGCUGACGAUGAGAUGGAGGAAUCCGAUGUGGAGGAGGACCUUUGCAGACUGACGCCCCUCAAGCCUGGGAAGAAGAAAAAGCACCGCUUUGGGCUGCCUGUAUGACACAUUCCAAUGCUGGGGGUGACAAGUUUGGGGCCCGGCCAGCUGCUGUGUCAGCAGAUGGUCACCCCACAGCAUCAGCCCUUCCGUCCGUUCUCUGCCCCUCCUCUUCUACCUCCACUCCUCCACUGUCUCUGCCCAUUCUCUGCCCACUCCCAGACUACUGUGACGUAAACAGGGAAGAAGAACCAGCGCCCAAGUGGGCCGUGGGCAGCUGGAGGUACCCCGCUCAGUUGCACUACAAACACUGACCAAAUAUGCAAGCCAAGAGCUUUGUUUGUCAUUGUCCUGAACAGUGCUGUGAGGGACCCCAAAGCUCCUGUCCUGUGUCCGACUGGGUGGCAUGGUAGAAAACACAGGUAUACAUGGACCUCACCGAGGCUGCAGGCAGUGUGGGCACAUGAUAUGUUUGGGGCUAGAAGUCAUUCAUUGACCAAGUUGGAACGGAAAUGUUUUCUUACUCUAAAUGGCUUUUGUAACUCUUGAUUUCUAAAGCCGGUUUUAUGAGCUGUGACAGUGUUACUGUUUUUUGAGUACGUGUUUAUUCCUACAAAAUACCUAUGGGACUAAUGAGCAAAACAGAUUUUUAAGUCUUCCGUAUACUGUUUCACUUUUAUAUUUUUUUAAGUUAUAUUUUCAUACUAUUGUAUUUAAAAGCUUUUUAAUCCCCAAAGAAAUGGAUUUGUUUGCCUUUCAUGGUAUAUGAGCUGGCGGGAGGACAAAGUCAAAAGUUUUUACUUGGAAUAUUGUUAGGUAAUGUUCAAUGAGUCAAGAUAAGAUUCAGGGACAGAACUUAAUUUAAAAAAAAAAAAAAAAAGAUUCAAGGGGAGAUGAGCAACCUUAACUAGAAGCCCAGUAUGUAGAGAACAGGCCUGAGUAGGAGGCAGCUAGUCCAAAGCUCUUUGGCAUCUGUUUCUGGAAUGCAGACAGGUUACAGGUAUUAGUUAAUUUUGGCUGAGAAAAGACUCUUAAAGUUAGAUCUUGUGUCCAGAGGAAUCCAGACCCCCAGGCUGCUUGUAUUCCUUGCUUCCACUGUGGCAGCCUGCAGCACUAGCCCUGCCCUGGUGUGUCACCUGCUGUCAUCUGCUCAUUUGCACAGCAGUCUGAUGAAUACCCACCUGGCCAAGUGAGUCUCUUUUUACACCCCACAAAGCUGCAAGUGGACUAGUAGAGCAGGCAGAGAUGAGAGAGCUCCCUGUCCAAAUCCAUAGCAGCACAAGGUGCUUCUAGGCUAUGUCCCUAGUUUGGAUGGUGGCACCUAUGUCUCAGUAUAGCCAAAAGCCCCUGGCUCUGGGAGUUGGCCGAAUGUGGUGGAGUGGGCUGAGCCCAGCACUUCCCUGCUGUGGAAGCAGCAUGGUGGAGCUGUCCAGGGUUCAUCAAGCCGACAGGCUGCCAUGGACACAUAGAACAAGAAACCUCAGUGGUGCAGUAUGGGUGGGAAGACGGACAGUGGAGACAACCCUGUGCAUCCUUCUUUUUAAACUCGUGUGUUUUCCUUAAGCAUCAUGGGUCUGAAUAUGUGUGGAGUGGGUGAGCCAAGCUGUUAAAGCAGGCCUGCAGGACUGUCCCUGCUGCUUAUGGUGCUGCCAGUCCUGGACCCCGGAGAACACCUUGGAAGACCCUCUCAGCCCAACUUCCCCUAGAAAUGCAGACACCACCAGGAUGGGGACUAGCUAUGCAGUAGGAGUUGAUUUUGUCAGCAUGGCCAUCAUGGCCACGGGAGUGGAGUGGCUGGCAGUGAGAGAGCCAUGGAGAGGGAGUCUCUCUUAGGCCUGCAUGGCUCCUGCUCUUGUUUGCUCCUGUACCUCUCCAUUCCACACCUGUGAUCUUUCCCCACCCCUCUCCAGUGGGGAUCUACUGAUCCCCUUUGAGAAGAACAUGACUAGCACUCCUGAUGAGUCUGUCCAUCCCUAGUGGUAUCAUUGACCCUCCUUUCUUCCCCCCUCCUGUUCACUGUGGUGGGUCAACCUGUGAAGCUAUUUGCCACCUUCCCACAGCCACAUAGUCAGUUUUAAACUCCUAGUGUUUCCAAAGCAGGCACAGACGUGUGGGAGCUCCAGUCUAUGAAAAACGGAAAUUCCAAAUUGCAUUGACCUCAGAUGAUUCACCUACAGCCCAGCUCCUGCUGAGCAGUAGGUGUGGAAGACAGAAGAGGCAGUGAGAGCUGGGUUUUCCCAGAAUGCUGAUUUUUUUUAAAAAGGAGAAGCUGUGGAGCUGGCUUAGCAGGGAUGGAGGUCUAAUAGGAAGUCUGAUCACAGCAGGCCUCCUGGAGUGCAGGCUUGGACAGCGUGGCAGCAUAUGUGUGGCCUUACCUUCUUCCCACAUGGAUGUAUUUUACCUGACCCCACAUGUGCACACAUGUUCACAUGCUGCAGGAGAGCUGCCGGUAGUCACUGGGUCCUCUUCUGUAGUUCACUGUCCCAUGAAAGUCGAGGCAGGGCUGUGAUCAGAACAUCCUCCUGAGCUGUCCUUCCCCCAGGAUAAGUUUCCUUACCGCCUGCUCCAAGGUGCCUUAUGAGGUUGCAGCCCUUCACCGGCCCGGCUAAUGCAGGCAUCACCAUGCUUGAGAAGCAAUGAGAUACUAAUGGAUAUUGUGUUCUGUUAAUCUCAUUUGUCCAAAUCUGGACUUUGAACAAGUUAUCCAUGGACAAGUUAUCCAAGUCAAGGUCAUGAACAAGUUUCUUGUAACUAAUAAACCGAUGAGGAGGAACUGUCAUCUAACUAGAA